GGUUUUCAGAGUAAUGAGUAACUUAGUCGGUCGUCGAUAACACCGCGAAUGUGAACAAUGUGAAAAUUAGUGUUAAAAUUAAUUUAAUCUACAUCUUUUAAUCAAGAUGAUGACAAUGAUGACAAUGAAAUUAUUAACAGUAAAAAAAUAAAAACACCAUCUUGCCACGAAGCUCCAAAAAAAAAUUUCCAUCAUGUUAUAUCUAAAAAGAAAAAAAUCAAUAUAAAAAAAAAAUAAUACACUAAUUUAUCAAUUAAAAAAUAUAUAAUUAAUAUUUGUUGAUGAUAGAAAUAAUAAUGGCAUUGUCAAAAAAAAAUAUCAAAUCAUAAAAAAAAUAUCAUCAAAGUGUUACAAGCUUGAUGACAAUUUAUUUUUUCAUUCUUGUCAUAUUGUGAAUUUUUUUUUUCAUUGAUUUUUGUUUUUAUUAUUUAUUGUUAUUAUUUUAUGAAUAUUUAUUUAAAAAUCCUAGAGACGAUGAUGAUGAUGAUGUGGUGUCUUUAAGGAUAUUGAUCGUGAAAUUUUUUGUAUAAAAAAUAAAAUACAAAUAGUUGAAUAAAAAGCGAAGUUUGUUUUUUAAAAAUACACAAAGUAGCCUGGUGAAACCGGGUCACAGGGACUUUUAAAAUGCGUUCGAUAUUUGAUAACAACAUUGCAGUAUAUAUACACAAUGCACCGAGUUAAUAUACACUAUGAAUGAAAUAUUAUAAUAUACAUUGAAGUUGUCAAUACUCAUCAUGAGCCUUGAUAUAUAAAUAUCCAUAUAUUCAAGGUCAUAAUUAUUUUAUUUAAUAUUAAUAUUUUUUAUAAUUAUUUCAAGUGUAUAAAUCAUUAUUUUAUAAAUGCGUCAGAGUAUAUAACUAGUGUGAAAGAAAAAAAAAAUAUAUAAUUAUCUUGUUAAUUAAACACUUGAUUUAUCAAACAAAAAAGUUGGCAGUAACCUUCGUUAUGUUGAUACAGCAUCAUCCACUUAUAAACUAUUUAAAAAAAAUAUAAAAAUUUAUAAUUUAAUUUUAUAACGUCAAUUUAAAAUUUAAUUUUAAAAUGAAAUAAAUGAGGAUUUAAAUUUUAAACCAACAAGUGUGUUAUCAUUUUAUCUUAGAAAUAAAAAAAUAAACACAAAUGACAAGAUGAAAAGUUUAUUUAGUAAAAUAAAUUUACUGGGAAAUUAAAUUUAGAAAAAUAUAAUAGAAAAAAGAAUAGAUAAAUAGAUGAAUUUGAUUUUAAAUUAUUGAUGAAAAAUUUAGGUGAAAUAUAAAUUGAGACUGGUGAAAUAAGUGUGUAAAAAGAAAGAGAAAAGGAAAAUGAAUAUUGAUAGUAAUAGUGACAAUAAUUUAUUGUAUUAAUUAAAUAUCGGUUAAGUGUCAUGCCCCCAGGGGCUAAGGGCGGGGCAGAGGGACUUGAUCCUUCUUGUUCCGCACUUCAUAUUAACCAAGAAAUUGCUCCUGAUCAUCUGGGACCAUCACUAAGUCUAUUUCAAAGAUGUUACAGACAUCUCAAGAGUUCAGGUGUUGGUGAAGCAAGUGUUUACCAUGCAUUAGUUGUAAUUUUUUUAGAAUUUUUUGCAUGGGGAUUAUUGACAAUGCCAAUAAUAUCAACACUAAAUGAAACAUUUCCAGAUCAUACAUUUUUAAUGAAUGGUCUAAUAAUGGGAAUAAAAGGAAUAUUAUCAUUUUUAUCAGCACCAUUAAUUGGUGCAUUAUCAGAUGUAUGGGGAAGAAAAUUUUUUUUAUUAAUAACUGUUGCAUUUACAUGUGCACCAAUACCACUUAUGAGUAUAAAUACAUGGUGGUUUUUUGCAAUGAUAUCAAUAAGUGGAGUAUUUGCAUGUACAUUCUCAGUUGUAUUUGCAUAUGUUGCUGAUGUUACUGAAGAAAAUCAACGUUCACUUGCUUAUGGAUUGGUAUCAGCAACAUUUGCAGCAAGUAUGGUUAUUAGUCCAGCACUUGGUGCAUGGACAAUGAGUACAUAUGGUGAAAAUUUAACAGUCACAUUGGCAACAGCAAUAGCUAUACUAGAUGUUUUUUUUAUUCUUGUCGCAGUGCCAGAAAGUUUACCAGAAAAAUCAAGACCACCUGUUCCAAUUUCAUGGGAACAAGCUGAUCCUUUUGCUGCAUUAGGAAAGGUUGGCAAAGAUCACACAAUCAUGAUGCUAUGUGUGACUGUAUUUUUAAGUUAUUUACCUGAAGCUGGUCAAUACAGUUGUAUAUUUGUAUAUCUUAAAUUAGCAAUGGGUUUUACUGAAGCAAUGGUUGCUGUAUUUAUUGCUGUUGUUGGAAUAUUAAGUGUAUGUGCACAAAUAUUUUUGGGUCCAUUGAUGAAAGGACUUGGUGGUGGAAAAAAUGUUAUAAUGCUUGGUUUAUUAUUUGAAAUGUUGGAAUUAAUGUGGUACGGUUUUGGCUCACAAACAUGGAUGAUGUGGGCUGCAGGUAUAUUGGCAUCAGUUGCAAGUAUAACAUAUCCUGCAAUAUCAGCAUUUGUGUCAAUGCAUUCAGAUGCAGAUAAACAAGGCUUAGUACAAGGAAUGGUAACAGGCAUGCGAGGUCUCUGCAAUGGCCUUGGCCCAGCAAUGUUUGGUGUUAUAUUUUAUUUAUUUCAUGUUGAUCUUAAUCUUAAUUUUAAUAAAACAUCAAUAAAUACAAUUAAUCGAACGUCGAUACACUCAAAUGACGUUGCACCAGAGCUUAUGCCUGGACCUCCUUUUGUCUUUGGUGCACUUUUAGUUAUAGGCGCAUUAUUAGUUGCUGCAUUUAUACCAGAUUCAAAUUCAACAACUGGUCCAUUGCAUCAUCAUACUUCCACAUCACGGAGGCCAUCCGGUAAAUACGCCUAUCAAAAAUGUUUAUCAUUAGAUGUACAUUAUGAUGCUGAUGGUCUUGGUAAUGAUGGAAAAAAAGUUGGAGCAUUAUCACCUCUAGUCGACAAUUGUAAAUCAGCAGCACUUUAGCUGUCGAUUAAUUGAUUUUUAAAUUAAUUAAUUUGACUAUUUAAUAUUGUGACAGCACACAGUGUUUUAAAAUAUCCAAACAACAAUUAACAAGGAUAUAAUAUGCUGUUAAAAAAUUAACAAGGCAUUAAUGUUAAAGUGAUAAUGUCGUGAUGAAAAUUUAUGAAAAGCAAUUUUUACUUGUUUUAUUCUAAACUGUGUGUAAAUAUAGUUUUGGAUAUUUUUUUUUUUUCUUUUUUUUUUAAGAAAACUAAUAAGAUUUAACGAAAUAAUGACUGACUAUUGUUGUUGUGAAAAAUAAAUUAAUCAGUCAUUAGAAAAAGAUAAAUAAAUUUGUUAAAUAAAAUAGAAAAAAAGAAAAAAAAAAAAAAAUGAUACAAUAACAGCAACGAAAGAACAUUUAUUAAUGCAAGUUGACAGUAUUUUCGUUAAAAAUAUAUAAAAAAAUACAAAAAAAAAAAAAAAAGAGAAAACUAAAACAAUCUAAAAUACUUGAUUAUUUAAUGAGAUAAAAUAGUAAACAGUUCAAUUAAUUUAUUUAUUGUUAUUUUACAUUAAUAACUAUUUUAUGUUUUUAUUUUUUAUUUUCUACUAAAAUCAAAUACCUCAAUCUUCACGUUUUAAAAUCGUAAAAGCCUGUUAAUAAUUAAUUAUUUUUCAAAUUAAAUUUACUCACUUUUUAUUUUUAUUUUAUCGGCACUAUCAACAAUUGUUGAAAACAUUUAUCAAUGCCAAAGAUCGAAUUAUGAUCUGUAAUUUUCAUCAGAUCACUUUAUUUUUAAUUAUUUUCUUUUUUUUUUUUUUUUAAUUUUUCAAUGUAAAGUUAUUUAUAGUAAAAAAAAAAAAAACAGAGUCAAUGUGCAAAAAUCCUGUAUAUUAAAUGAAAAUAAAAUUAAAUAAAAAAAGGAUCUUUGAGCUAAAAGUGCCACUGUAAAUUAGAAUAAAUAAUUAAUUUUUUUUUUUUUUUUUUCAUUUCUCUAAUUUCUUUUUUUUAAAAAAAACGAAAGAUAUAAAAAAAAAAACCUAUCUUCAUAGAAGAUAAAAUUAAAUUUAUUUUCGCAAAAUUUUAAAAAUUGUUGUAUAUCAAUUGAACAACAAAUAAAAAUAAAAAAAUCGUUUAAUAAUAAAUGGCGAAAAUUUGGCGAUAGAAAUUAAUAACGAAUGUGACAUACAAAAAAAAUGUGAAAUUAAAUGAUGAAAAAAUUAAAAAUAUUAUUAAAUAAGAAGAAUGUGAUGCCUAGUAAAAAAAAAAAAAAUAAAAAAAUAGUGCUCAGUUAUGAAAAAAAAUAAAUAAAAAACUGAAAUAUUGAGCCAGUGUUAAUGUAAGAAUUCAAAGUACAGCUUCAAUAAAUUAUUUUUAAGAUAAAGUA